AUGUCAGAAAGCCCACGGAAACGAGGUGCAAGCCUUGAGGCUAGUGACGAGCUCCAGUUCAACAACAAGAGGCAGCGACUCGAUGUCGACGGACAGAACGAGGCAGACCAGCCUGACCCUGGGGCGAGCCGCGCAAGCUCUUCCGUCACCAUCCCAUCACUCGAAUACCAAUCCCAAUGCAGCCUGGAGAGAUCUAUCGGCCUGGCGUUGAAGCAUGUAGGAUUCGAUGGUGCCGAGCCAACAGCAAUGGCUAGCUAUGUGUCCCUCGUCGAGACGUACCUGGCAUCCUUCAUCGACGAUCUCAAGCGCAUAGCUCUGGGCGCCCGCAGAGAGCAGCCGACACCUGCCGAUUUCGAGACCACCAUGCGGCGGUUCGCCCUCGUCACGUCCUCGUUGAAACCCCACCUCAAGAACCCAAUUCCUGAAGAAGACCUGACGCCCUCCUACUUCAACGCCCUGCUGAACGACGAGAGUGCAGAUGCCGCUCUGCCACUGCUGUCUGACGAGUUGAGCGGCAGGCACGAGAAAGAGGAGAGAGCCCAUAUUCCCCGACCUUUUCCGGAGUUCCCAAGCCUCCACACAUAUCGCUACACGCCGAGAGAGGAUGACAGUGGCCGCGACUCCAAGAAGAUUCGCGAAGAGGCGGCCAAGGCGUCGAAGCAGGGCGAGGAGGCCCUUCGCGGCCUGGUGCGCGCGUCCAAGAUGCGCAAGCAGAAGGAAGUCAGCGACCUGUCGAAGCGCGACACCAUUACCAAAUCACGAUAUGAACUCUGGGAGGCCGCUAUGAAGAAGUUCGUGAAGCAGGACGGCGGCGAGAGCGGGCAGCUUGAAAUUGCCGACCAUAGCAUGAUUGUCAACGCUGAUUCGAGAUAUCUACGGAAACCUGUGCCGCGGCAGGGCAAACGGGCCGGAGGCUCCGGGGCGCAAGGACAGUCCGGCGUUGGCAGCUGA